CUUGGACAUCCGUGACCGAGCUACGUACUCGCGUCACAUGACCUUCAGCGAGGUGGUGGAACAGGGCCUUCUCGGGGAGGCCCAAUGGAAUGAGAGGAAAGAGAGAGACGCCGAAGAGGCGAAAAAGAGGAAAUGGCAAAGUUCGGGGCCGCCCGAGCAAGCACGGAAGGAUAAACACGGCGGAGGUGGCGGUUCGUUCAAGACUCCGACGCCACCAGCAAAGAAGAACAGGGAUGCUCGGUGGCAUGCAUCCUCCUCCCAAAAGACGGGACCUCCAAAGUGUGCCAAUUGUUCGAAAAAUCACUUUGGGAAGUGCAAUGCACCCCCGAGGUGUUAUCAAUGUGGGAACACGGGCCACAUGAAGGCCAAUUGCCCACAACUGGGGGGCGGAGGAGCUCCGGGAUCCGGAGGAGGAACCAUGACGGGGAGGAACCGUGCGGGCCCAUCAAACGGCGGUACGGGAAGAGGCGGCGCGUCCACAAGUCAUGCCGCGUCCGUAAAUCAAGGCGGGACCCAAGCACGAGUGUACGCAAUGACCGAGGCGGAUGCGCGAGCAAACCCGGACUCCGUUGCAGGUUGAAGCUAGGGCUUGCUACUUGCACCUUCUCACGGGUGAUAUCAAAUCAGGAAGACGUGGUUCGUGCUUCCUUAUUUUCUUUCAAACUACCGAACACUUGCUCAUGGAUAUUUGUUCUACUAUAAACUAUUUUUGGGGCUUGCAUGCCCAUGUUGUUGGCCGGGUGUGGCUUAUGACUUACCGUUGAAUAUUUCCGCUAUUCAUUGGUUUGAAUGUGAUGUUGUUAUGUAUGUUUACUACUGAGUAUGGAUGGAUUGUUUUCUCGAACGCCUUGUGUAAUUAAGUGGGGUUGACUCGCGGGUGACGUCACUUAAUUAUACGGCGGUUGUACACGCGCUUGGAUUGCGGUCUGGGGCGUGACAGCCCACCUUUUGUAUCUUUGCAUCCAUUAAUGACAAUCUUUUCCUCGCC